ACCGUUUGGAACGCGAGCGCCGUGCGACGAGCGGCAUUGUGAAAAGUGAAAAAUGGUUUUUCCGCCCUGGGCAGUCGAUGCGCUUGGGACGCCCGAGCAUGUGCCGUUGCCUGUCAGCGUUUAACAAGUGUUUUCCCCCCAGUUUUCCCUCAAUUUUCCCCCCCAAAACAAACGCAUCUUUAAACAACUUGUGGGCGUGAGCCAAAGCGGAAAUGAGAAAAUUUCAUUUUAACAAUUAUUAAUUGUCAUUCGGUGUCAAAUCAAAUUGUGCCUGUGUGUUUUCGUGCUAAUUGCGUAAAUAAUCUCUUGAAGUAAUUACCUCACAUGACUCAAGUAAGCUGCAGCUUACACAAGUACAGUCGAUUAAAGUCCCUUUAAGUUGAAAGCAUUUAAAAUACAAAUAAAUUCGAAAUAAUUGCAACAAAGCAGCAACGAUUUGUUUAUUAAACGAAAAGCACACAAACGAGCAAAAACCCCCCGCAAAAACGAAGGAGAAUAAAUGGAUAUAAAAAUAAAUUAAAAGAAAAUAGCAGAGACAGCGGGAAAAACUCGCAAAGAGAAAGAGCGAAACAUGUUCAAUUUGCUGCGAAGAUCGCGUCGCGGAAAAGCGCACAAGAUCGUCGACGAUGAAGAUGGCGAUGUGGAUGUAGAUAGAGAUACCCCCUUGAGAUACAGUCAAAUUGGUCAGAUAUCUGCCGCCGCUCAAAGAGCAGAAGAGCCGGCGGUAAGAGCACGACGGGCGGUGAUCGAAGAGCUGGAGGACUUUGCCAGCGACUUUGACAACGACAACGACACUAGCAGCGGUGGCGACGAAGAGCGUUUAAAAUUAGCAAAAACAGCUGCUAAUGGCCGCUCCGACAAUUUGUAUAUAAAUAAAAUGGGCGGCGAUGGGCGGAGGAUGGAGGUGGAUGGGUGGACGUAUUCCUCGGCCGCUGAUCGAAAUGCGGCUACCAGCAGCAGUCAAAACGAGGCAGCCAGCGUGAUCGCGAGCAAAAGCUGUGGUGGUCAGCUAAUUGGCACUAUCGAGAUUGAGAACGAUAUCGAUGGCCCCACAACCAUAACACAUCGCCAUCGACAACGCAACGAAGGUGAGCAGCAGAAGCGCCAAUCCCUGCUCUCCAUUGCCAGUUUCAAGUUGGCUGGCGGCCAUACCAAGGAUACUAACGAAACCGAGCCGAAAAAGCGUAAAACUCUGCAGAAGAGUCGCGAUUUUCUAAGCGACAUUUUCAUGGCGCGUGGUCGAAAUCAUCAGCGUCAAAAGCAGCAGCAGCAACAGCAGCAACAGCAGCAGCAACAGCAGCAACAACAGCAGCAGCAGCAGCAACAGCAGCAACAUCAGCAACAACAGCAACAACAGCAGCAGCAACAGCAACAACAGCAAAAGCAGCAACAGCAGCAACAACAGCAGCAACAGCAGCAACAACAGCAACAGCAGCAACAGCAGCAGCAGCAGCAAAUUGCCGCAGUCGCAGCAGCCAAAUCGCAUAAAAGUAAUGCCACAGACGUAAUCGCCACCGCAACACACCUUGAAACGAACUCCGACCCCGCGCUCGCAUCCCCGACUACUUAUCAAAUGACUUUGGCUAAUAAUAGCCCAGAGAAUAGCGGCCAACGAAGAGCGAUCGAAGAGAAAAGUAAGCCAACUGGAGUGGAGAAGCGGCAAGAGCAUCACACAACACAGAGUUUUCAUUUUCCCGCAGAGAGCGAGCAUUUUCCGCGACAGAUCGAGCCGGAAAAAGAGCCGCGAACAGCCAGCAUGCGUUCGUCUUUCAUUCAAGCGGCAAACGUUGAGCGGCCAACAGCAAUUGCCGAACAGCAGCAGCAACAGCAGCAGCAGCAUCCGCAGCAGCAACAGCACGGCGAUGCAAUUGCUGUUCUGCAGCAACAUCUGGCCAGCAAGCAGCAACAUCAGGAGCAGCAGCAGCAACAUCAGGAGCAGCAGCAACAUCAGGAACAGCAGCAGCAACAUCAGCAACAACAGCAACAUCAGCAGCAACAGCAACAGCAGCGGCAACAUCAGCAGCAACAGCAACAUCAGGAAGAGCAGCAACAUCAGCAACAGCAGCAACAACAGGAGCAACAUCAGCAAUCAAGUGACAUAACCAUGGGCCAAACCAGCGCCAAACCGAACGAAAUCAGUUCGGCCCACAGUUCGCGUGCCAGUACGCCACGUGAGUUCCGUGAGUCGGUCGUGAUUCCGCCGCAGGCGCCGCCCAGGCACCAAAAGUCACCGGAAGUGCCCAGAAUCACGGUGGAGGAUUGCAGUUUGCCGGAGGAGCAGCCGGCCAAGACGCCGGAAAUAUACUACGAACUAAAUGAGACAGCGGAGGAUACGCUGAACAUCGAGGAACUGAACGAGGCGCAUAUCGAAACGCUGGAAGAUGAGGUCUUCGCCACGGAUAUACCCGCUACUAUCUAUCAAAACUCGAAUGGUCGCCCCUGGACGCGACUGAGUCAUGUGAAGCUGGAGAAUGUGCAGGAGGAGGCCGAGGAUGAGGAGGAGGAGGAGCAGGAGGAGGUGGACGAUGUCGACGAGGCUGUGGAUCUGGACUAUGAGCCACAUAUGUCCGGCAGCAGUCAGUCGAAUGGCAACUCGCGGCAAUCGGCGAGCAGCGAGCGCAGCGCCCUGAAAAGUGACUCCAAUUUGAGCAGCAGUUAUGCGGAUUCCGGGAUCGGGGAGCAGGAACUGAAUGCACCACAGCAGCAGCAGCAACAGCAACAGCAGCAACCACCGCAACCACCGCCGCGCAGCUCAUCGCACAUGGCAACCACCCAAAAUGUGAACCACACCUUCAUACGCGAUGGCAACUCCACGGACUGCGAGGAGACCUUUCUGCAGUGCGACGAACUCGACGACAUUGAGCGUUUCAGCGAGUUCAGCGAGCGAUUGGUAUGCAUCGAGAGCAUCAGUCUGCCGGAUGUGGUUGUCGAGUCAACGACCGCCAAUGCAUCCACAUCAGGAGCAUCAUCAUCAGCAGCAACAGCAGCAGCACCAUCAUCAUCAUCCACAAGCACAAAUGGCGGCGAUGCGCAGAUCAACAUCAAUAUUGCCAAUGGAGCGGGGGGCAAUAGCCUGGGCAAUGUGCACUUCAUCCCAAUCCACGUCGAGGGUCGCAGUCGCAGCAACAGUCCCAAGCAACGCAGCCGGGACGACAGCUGUCUUGGCCAGGACAUGGCGCCCAGCAUCGAGAUCGUCGAGGAUGGCAGUGUGCUCAACAAGCCGGUGCGCCAGGAGAGUCCCUUCGACAACCAGGAACUCAGAAAGGAGCUGAAGCAGCAGAAGGCUCGAUUCGCCAGCCAACUGGACGAGGCCCACAAAAAUGCCAGUCAACUGGAGGCCAAGGUGGGCGACAUGCAGUUCAAGAUCCAGAAACUGGAGCAGGAACUCUCGGUCAAGCAAUGGAACGUUGAGAGACUGCAGGGCGAACUGAGUGCAGCUCACAAGGACGAUGAGUAUGUGCGGAAAAAGCUAAAACUUCUCGAGGAUGAGAAGGUCCACCUACGGCACAAAUACAGCGAAAAUCAAGAUGAAUUCCAAAGCAAAUAUGACGAACUUGAAGCUCAGUACAACGAACUAACCGAGAAGUACAAAGUGACGCAGAGCCUGGCCAAGAGCCUGCAAACCCAACUGGCCUGUGCCCAAGUGGAGGCCGAGGAGUGGCGCCAGCAGGUGGAGCGGAUCCGAGCGGAUCUGGAGGAGCAGAUACGCAUCCUGAAGAACGCGCUGGACAACUCGGAGGCGGAGCGCAAGAUCUGCGAGGACAAGUGGCAGAAGGAGUUCGAAAUGCUCAGGACGCACAAUCGAGAGCGCGAGGAAACGCUGAUGACGGACUGCGAGUGGCAACUGCGGCAGAUGCAGCGGCAGUGCAAGGACAAGACGGACAAGUCCAACUACGAGCGGAAGCAGGCGGCCGCCAAGGCGGAGGAGCUGGAACUGGAGCUGCAGUCCCGCAGGAGGGAGUCCGAGAUGCUGCGCACCUGCCAGGCGCAGGUGAACUCGCUGCGGGGCGUGGUCAGCGAACAGGAGCAGUCCAUCCAGACGCUAAUGGAUCGCAUCGAGAACCUGAAGGGCGAUCUGCAGUCGGCCAACGAGAAUCUCGAGGCUCAGAUCGAGGCGGUGCACAAGAUCAAGUAUCAGUGUGAUAAUGCCAUCUAUGACAAGGAGCGCCAGAUGAUCUACAAAAUCGAUGAGGUGCGCAAUGAGGCGGCCGCCUUCUGGGAAAACAAACUUUACACAGAGAUGACAAGACUGACAAAUGAACUGGAGUCCGUGUAUGUGGACGAGCGCCGCGAGGCGUUGGACAAACUGCAGAACGAGCACAUCGAGGAACUCAGGGCGCUGACCAACAGAUACACCGCCAACGAGGAGGAGCUGCGGGCUGAGAUUGAUGAUCUGCACGAGAAUCUGGAGCAGAAGAAGCAGGACUUCCUCAGCCUGCGCGAACGUUCGGAUAACGCGCUGCUCCAGACGCGAAUGCAUUUGGAUAAGGCCGAUCGCGAGUACCAGAAUGCCAUGUGCCGCGAGGAGGAUCGCCGCGUGGAGCUGGAGGAGCGGCUGCAGAAGGAGUUCGAGGCGGAGAAGGCCGAGAUGGAAGAGAAGUUCCGCGAACGCCUGGGCCAGGUGAAGGAGGAGUUCGCCAAGGAGCUGCAGCUCUCCACGCAGGAAAUGGUCGAAACACAUCGAAAGGAGCUGGACUCUCAAAAGGCCAAGUUGCAGGCGGAGAAGGAGGAGGCGUUGCAGGAGCUUGUAGAACGACAUCGCGCGAAAAUGGCCGCUGCCGAUGAACGAAUCAACGAUGUAGAACUUCGGCACCAGCGCAAUCUGAAGGACCUGAAGGCGGCCUACGAUGCCGAGAAGGCGGCGCUGGACAAGCGCGACAUCAGCAACGCCAACGAGAUCGAGCAGCUGCAUCGCAAGUGCCGCUGCCUGACCAACCUAUUCGAGGAGAUGCGCAUGCGAUACGAGCGGCGAGAUCCUCGAGCGGAGGAUCUGCGUGAGAUAUCCGAGUUGAGGACGCGCUGCGAGAGUCAGGAGCGGGAUUUGUAUGUGCUGACCGAUCGGCUGCGGGAAAUGCAGAUACAAAUGUCCGAGAUGCAACAGAAUGGGGAACGCAAGGGGCAAGGUGGGAAGGCGGUGAAGAAGCCGCCGCCCAAAUCGAUAGCCACCAGCUGUGACGUCAUUUACGAGGAGAACGAGGAGCGGGAAACGCCCGACAAGGAAAAUGGUGAACUGGAGGAAGAGGAGGAGGAGGAGGAAGAGGAGGAGGUGGAGCAGGAGCCCAGCGACACGGAGUCAAAUCACACGAUCGAGGUCAAUGGAAAAUGCGAUCGGAUCAACGAAGAUGACGCCCAUCUCAUCACCGCCGUGUGAUCGGUCAGAUCUUCCUUAUAUAUAUAUCUAUAUAUAUAUAGAUCUUCCAAUUUUGUGGCUGUAUUCUUCGAGAUCCCCAGGAGUGGAUGUUCCAGGAGCAAGGAUGUGUGAUCCCGGGUGCUCUGGUGUGCUUCAUGUGCUGCCCUCCGUAUCGCUGGAUGCGGAAAUCGACCCACUCAACCAAAUCGCUCAAAGCUUGAACUCAUAAAAAUUGUAAAUGAAAUUUCUGAAUUGGUUUCUGAAACCGCAAAAAAAAAAACAAAAAAAACG